AUGGAUGAACAACAAUUAACUUAUAAACUGGCAAAAGAUACUUUAGAAGAAUUAAAACAACAGAACAGUCGCAUAUUUGUUGUCGAAUAUGAUGCACGUGGUACCUAUUUGAUACUCUGUGCAGCAUAUCAUGAAGGGAUGUAUUUUUCCGCUGGAUACGUUUGGUUCUUAAAUCCAUGGCUUUCUGAUCAGUGGUGGUCGGAAUUGGUUAGUCGAAAUACUGAGUGUAAUUUUAGUGAAAUGCUCAAUAUUACUUCGUGGACUUUUACUGUUGGACACCAGUUGUUAAUUGGUCCUAUGGUGCACAGUUUUAUUCCACGUACUAGUGAGUUUAUGGAUUCAGACUCUAAGUCUGGCAAUCAUUCAAGUGGUACUCCGAAUCGAACUUCAUCUGAGCAAAUAAGACGCAGGCGCCAUGUUUUUGCUCAAUCACAAACGUUAGAAGUACCACCUGUCUUGUCAAGAACUAAACAUAAUCCUAAUCCAAAUGAUUUAGGGAAAUCUAUAUUCAGUGAUCACUCAAAACGUAAAUUAAUCAAAGAUCCUCUACACGAUUACACUGUGUAUACUUAUGAUGCUGUUAUCCUACUAGCAAGUGCCGUUGUUCAUCUUUUAAGAGAAAAUCCUGCAGCAGCAUCUGCUCUUAACCAUCCAGAUGUAUCUGAAACUCUUCGAACACUUGUUGCACGUACAAAUUUCGGUUAUCGAUUUCAGACAGAUAAUUCAACAACUCGACAAUCUAGUGAAAUAAAUGAACUUGUCCCAGGUAUCAAUGAUGAUAAUUUUGGUGUAGAUGCUGGAUUUCAACUUGCUGGUGACUAUUAUGGUAUACGUAGUCAAAGUCCUGCUUCAGCGUCAAAUUUACGAUUCAAUGAUCAUAAUGAACGUAUUGCUGAUUAUUGGCUGUUAAAACAAAGACAUUUAAAUACUACUGUCCCAAUUAUAAUGUGGUCAACAAAAAACUAUGAAGAAGUACAUGAACAGGACCAACAACAACAAUCGUAUGAUCCAUUCAAUCACAUGAUUUCAUCAAAUAAUAUGUCAAACAAGUAUGAUUGGAAAACAACCAAUGCUCCAUUUCUUUACGAUGAAUUUCAAAAACGGAUGAGUGAACGUUGGUUAGACCAUGUUAAUUGGCAUACAUUAGGUGGCCCACCAAAUGAUGGUUCUAUCAAUGAAAAAAAUUGUACAUUAUCAUUUCUUAGUAAUCAAUUACAUAUGGGUUGUACAGGUGCUACCGUAUUUGUCACUGUCACUGUUACCGUUUUAGUUUUAUUGCCAUUGAUUGUAUUUGCUCAUUUUUAUUAUCGACGUAAACUGAAAGAAAUUGAAAAUCGAACACGUAAACCUUUUGAAGAACUAUGCACAGAACUGGCUGAUUUAGAUAUGCCUGCUGAAAAUAUUGUUUUAAAUCGUCGGGUUGGUCAAGGUGCUUUCGGUUUAGUAUUUGGUGGUGAAGCUAAAAAAAGUGAUUUAUGGGAAGCAGUUGCUGUGAAAGUAAUUAAUGAGAAAGCGAAUUAUGAAGGAAAAAUUGAUUUUCUUUCUGAAGCAAAAUUAAUGCGUUCUUUAAAUCAUCCGAACGUUGUUCGCUUAAUUGGUAUUUCCUUGAAUCCAAAAGCAAGUCUAUACCUGAUUAUGGAGCUCAUGCUUCUUGGUGAUUUAAAAACAUAUUUAUUAUCACGCCGAAUUUUAGCUCAAAGAUCACCAAACCAUGAAGACAUACGACCAUCAACUCUCACUCAAAUGAGUAUGGAUAUUGGCCAAGGUUUAGCCUACUUACAUAGUAAGCAUUUAAUUCAUCGAGAUAUAGCAUGUCGAAAUUGUCUUGUUGCUGCAGAUCGUACUGUGAAAAUCGGAGAUUUUGGUCUGACCAGACAAGCUGCUAAAAAUACUUCAGAGGCUUAUUAUCGUUUCACAAGAAAGUGUGAACUACCUAUUCGUUGGAUGUCACCUGAAGCUGUACAAUUCGGUGUCUUUAGCAUACAAUCAGAUAUUUGGUCAUUUGGCAUAACAUUAUAUGAAAUUAUUACUUUUGGUGUAUUUCCUUAUAAUGGUCUUGGAGAUGUAGAAGUUGUGGAACGUGUCAAACGUAUGGAAUUCAGUAUUACUGAAUUUUUACCACCUCAAGCAUUAAAUACCGUAGUGUGUGAAUUGAUUAAUCAUUGUUGUAAACAUCAAUGGCAACAUAGACCAUCAUCAAUGAAUCAAGUGUUAGAAGUAUUAAUAGCGUAUCCAGAUUGCAUUCGACCAUUCCUUACUGAUGAUCCACCGAAACCAAAUACAACAAUCGAUUCAUUACCUUUUCAACCAACUGUGGACACUUGUAUAAUAUCAGAAUCUGCAAUGACUGGUCUUGCUGUAAUCGAUAAUGUUGGUGGUUUUCGUACAAUACGUAGUGCUUCAACUGUAGCCGUCCCAAUAUCAUCAUGUUCACCUUCACCAGUGCCACUAAAUCUUCCUGAUGGUAAUAGUGAUAAAUAUUAUGGAUGUGAAAAACGUCUUAGUGAACAAACAAAUCUACGUGAUAGUGCACUCUCUAAUCAUCAUACAAUUUUUGAUUGGUCUGAUAACUAUACUUCUCAUCCGUAUACAGAUAGUUCAGUUCAUUCAAAGUUGAUUGAUUUUUAUCAACUUCCAAUGUUUUCUGACAGACAAACCUUAUUUCCUUCAGUAGUGACAGAUGAAAGCAAAGAACUAAAUAUUAUGUCUAAAUCUGGCGAAUCAUCUAGUUUACCACCAGUGUUUAAUAAUUAUACUACAUCAUUUGUCACAUCUGUUUCUAAUACUAUUAAUACAUCUACUAAUGUUUUAUUCAAUCUUUCAACAAGCCCUAUUUCUACUACUCCUAGUUAUCAGUCAAUUGAUGAAAGUAGUCAAUUAAUUAUGAAAUCUCCGGAACUAAUAACUGAUCAGUAUACAUAUUCAACUGGAAACACUUUACACAUUAGAAAACAAAAACGUUCAAAUACUACGCAUAUAAACAAUACAACAUCGAAUAUUUCAGAUGAAUUGAAUAAUUUAUUAUCCGAUAAUCAACUUAAGUUAUCUUUAGAUGCCGAUUCGAUUAUGAAUAUCGAGGAAUCCGAUAGAUCUCAUAUGUUGAUAACUGAGGAUAAAAAUUCAGACAAGCAAUUUUUUAUUGUUCCCAGGAACGAAUCUCAUAUGUUUAAUGUUUCUAGUAUACCUCGAAAUCCCAUUCAAACAUGGAAUAUUAAUCGCUUGCGACCGACUCGUUCUUUGAUCAAUCUAACUUCUGUACGUUAUCCCAAACACUAUUUACAAAAUAAUAUUAAAUCUGAACACUAUGCUUCAGUUGAUCAUUUCAGUUCGAUUACAAAACAAAGUGAUAUUCAUGGUUCAGAUUUAACUUUACCUCCUAGUCUAUUUACUUUCAUUUCUGAUUCAUUUCUUUCCGGUAGAAAGACCGUUUAG